AUGUUACCUUAUUACGCGAUAUUUGUCGCUGUGCUCACCACAUCGCUGACAAGCGGCUUACAGAACAAAACUGUCGUGAUAAAACAGAGAAUUCUUUCCGAACUUGGAAAAUACCUACGAGGUCACGUGUUUAAGACGACGACACAAGCCGCAGACCCCCAGCAUUGUUUGGCGGAUUGUUGGGCAGAGAAUGAUCAAUGUCAGAGUUUCAAUUAUUUGGUCGAUUUGAAUAUGUGUGAACUGAACGAAGCGAGCAAUGUGACAAAUCCUGAAGAUCUCAUCGAUAGAUCUCACGUGGUGUACUUAACGAAUCCAGUCUUUGGGCGCCAACCAGUAUGUAAUAUAUACAUGCGUUAAAUAUAAAAGUAUAAUAUAUAAGGUUAAAUAUAUAAAGUAUUUAUACACAUUAUUACAGAUACAUUUUAGUAUGUUUACACAAGUGAAUAUAAGAAAUCCGACGCGGUGAUUGGUACAAUUUGACGUGAUAUUCCCUUAUAAUUAUUCACCCACAGGUGAAUAUAACAGUAAAAACUAGUUUACAAAAUGGCGACUACAAAUUAAAAUAAAUUCAGUCCCAAAAACACGCGUAAAAAUACUAAAACUUCCCCAAUCAUCACCUCGCCUUCGGCGAAUAAUUGUUAAACAUUAUUAUUCAGCUCAUCUACCGCUCACUUAUCUAUUCACUCUCUGAAAAUUAGCUAGGACUGGAUAGUAGUACAUAAAUGAAGCCAAUACCGUCGAAUAUAUUGCUAUGACCACCACCAGGGGGCGAGACGUAGCUAGGUUGCCGCGAGACCCGGGGCAAAACUUUCCCAGGGACCCCUAUGACGUCAUAAUUGUAAAACGGGAGAAGCGGUGUUUAAGUACUAUUUAAAACACGAGCAGAAGUGCUUUCUUAGAAAACACCACAGCCCAGCUCCAGUGUUUUAUAUCUCAUAAAGCGCGGACUGAGAAUGUUUUAAAUGGCUUAUAGAAAACGAACCAUCUGAUGAGUUCAUUGGAGAAGUAAUUUUAAAACUAAACGUUGUGUAAGCCGAGAAAAUUAAAGCUAAAGUUUAUCUAAAUGAACAUGAUUUUUUAUCACAUAUAAACCACCGACACGGCGGUGAUUUCUUUUGUAUUUUCCUCAUGAAUUAUUGAGUUUUUUAACAAUUUGUUGCAUAUUAUCCAAACUAACUUUUUCCCCACUUCUCAGUUCUUAAUCUUCUUCCAAGACAUUUUAAAAUUAAUUGGGGCUCUUUCAUCCCCUGUCCACCCCCCUCUCGGCGGCCCUAACAACGGAAGAGGUUCUUACAGUUUCCAGUUAUCGGCGAGAAAGGAUAAACAUUGUCUGAAUGGGAAUUUAUCAACACUGAGUGGCCUCUCUUUAGCCAUAAAUUUGCCCGUGAAUAACUAAAUAUAAUGAAGUCACGCCAAGAUUGCUGACAAAGUCUCAUUCUCUAGUGUUGAUUAAAACGUUCUAAAACUCAUAAGGAGAGAUGUGGGAAGCUAUAUCUUCUAAGUUACAUAGGAAAAGACAUUUGUUUGAUAAUGUAGCUAUUUUAAGUACGCUGACGUUGCGAUACGAUGUGCAAAUAUUUUGACAAACCUAACAAUCUCAUCUCAUUAUCCCUGAGCCAACGGCGCCGUUCCGGGCUUCAUCAAUAAUCGCGGGUGCAUGGCUAUGGUUCACCUUUCAUGCAUGGGUUGUCAUCCUCACUGAUCUCCUAUGCCGUCAUGAAUAGCAAACACUGAUUGGUCAAAUUUAAAAUUUGCAUUAUAACGACUGUAUGAAGACAUGUACAGCGAAAAUUGCGAAAUAACAAACAUUUCUUGCGAAUUUAUUUCAUUUUUGUAAAUUUUGUAAAUUUCAAAAGCUUCAUAAAAGACUUCGUAAAAGAAGGGAACAAAGUGUAUUGUUUCAGUUUAUAAUUGCAAAAAGACAGCAUAUAAUUUCUUUAGUCUAUAUUUAUUGAUUACCACAUCGACAAAAGGCAGUUUGGUUUUAAGAACAUUUUAAAACGUUUCGUAAAGCGUUUGUGGUUGAAUUUUACACUAAAUUGAAGUUUAAAUAUAUUACGUUAUAAUAACAUAUAUAUGUUUUGGAAAUUGAUAAUUCUGUAAUUAAGAGUAGUAAAUAUUAUUAAGGGAUUUUUCAAUUUUAAAAAUAUUUUUAAUAUAAAAAUUGUCUCGUUACCAUGACAAUUACUUCAUGUUCGAAAAUAUAAUGGUUUUGUCAGCAAGGCGAGGGUUUCUGCAUGUAUGUAUUUUCUAGUAAAUAUUCUGGCAUAUAGAAUCUCUAUCCAGUCCCAGUUUUCAGAUCAAUGGUUGAACUUGACGUAAUGGCGGCCAUGUUGGAGGAACUUUAACAAAAGAAUCUCUAUUCUAUUUGUAACGUGUUUUCCUCCAACAUAUCGUUUUAUAAAUUCACAGCAAACCUAAUUAACAUUUCCUGCGAUGAACCCCGAAUACAAGUUGAAUUCACGUGUUUUGUUGGCAAGGCAAAGUCUUCUAAGUAUCAGACAAAACUGCAAUUUUCACUCAAAUUGUAGACUGUUUUGAGCUUUUAUUCAUUGAGCCGUCACGAUUUUCGCCUCUGUUAAAUACCCUAUCUUGGCAUGCAGCUAUAGUAUACCAAACAACAUUUUCAACUAAAUUUAAAAUUAGCCUGCCUACAAGAUUGAUAAGUGCAGUUUUCACAACUCUUUGUCGUGAAAUGCAUAAAUGCGUAUUGUAUUUUUAUAUGAGGCCAAGUAAAAAAAACUUAUGUUUCUCGUCCGGAUUUCUGCCAAAAAGCAGGGAUUGAAGCGGGCAUUUUUUUUCUUAGCCAAAAUAAUAAGCUUUCAUACAGUUUAAUAAGAAAAAGACGUGUAAUAUUAAAAACGUGAAUUAUAAAAGGCUUUUAAAGUAACUUUUUUAAUGUCUCGUAACGUAUUAAAUUUGAACAGCGUUGAAUUUGAUCAGCGAAUAGGAUUUUGAAUGAGUCCGCAGUAGUUCCAGAUUAAUAGUUCAAGUUAGCUUCAAGUUAUCAAAAAGAAAGUUCAAAAAUAUGAAGCGGAAUUUGUAGAGGAAAACCGGCAAAAAAAAGGAAACGGCCAAGAAAAAAGAAGCGGGCGGCAACGAGAACAUAUCUAUUUUUUUACUUGGCCUGAGAGUAAAUUGAUUAGUUUGACAUGAUUGUUUUAGUUUGAAAAUAUGUCAAAGUAAAAUGUAUUUUAAUCACUAUUACUUGGACUAUUUUUUAUUUUAGAAACCACAAAUGGCACGCCACACAAAAUUCACUACAGGUUAGUGCAUAUAUAAAUAUGCAUUUUGAAUUUGGAGAAAUUGCUGGAUAUUUGUCGUGAAAGCAACAUAUCUGAACAGUUAGCGGUAGGGAUGGAUCGGAUAUCAUAUCCGACCGGAUAUACAAAAUAUCCGGCAAGCUACCGGAUAUUGUUUAUAUAAAGUUCAGGCAAAAGAUUAUAUUAGAUUUGAUAUGUAUAAAGAUUUUUCAUACUUGCUUGUGAUACGAAAAAAUUUGUUUGGGUUUCUGCAUGCAUGUAUUUUCUAGUAAGUUCUUAAUUAAUCAGUCUGCACUAGUAGACAAAGCAAACACUUCAUGCCAAUGUCCUACACAUGCAUCAACUGGCAAUUAGUGCCUGCGGCCGCCGCAGCUCCGGCCAGUGUCACGAUGUUCACCGCCGGUUAAUUCGUGUUGUAUUUGAUGUUUGAAUUUUGCUGUCCUUCCUCCACUCUAAGCAAUCGAAAAAGUUACUUUUCCUCAAUCAGGUCCACUUUAUAUCCUUUUUUCUCGAAAACGAUGCACCAUUUCGUAAAACUGAUUAAGUUAUUUGCUAUCUGAGAUUUUGAAGUUAUAAUUUUGUUGACGAAUUGGAAUAAACGUUAGGUAGUGAUACAUUAGAAUUUGACCACAGAGCUCUGUUAUAUGACUUCUGGUUUUAAGACUUCGUGUCCCAACCCCCCCCCCCCCCCCCCCCCCCCCCCCCCCCGACAGCCGCCUAUUUUAUUAACACAGCCACUUACUCAGAAUAAUUCUGAAAGCCCUGCUUGUACAACAGAGGAAAAGAAAAGAAACUUGAUUUUGUAACUCAAAUCUGUUUACAUUAAAUUAACAAUAUUUAGAUCCCUGCGCAAGUAAUCCGUGCACAAACGCAAAAAGCUGUGUUAAAGACGAACAACUUGGAUAUCGUUGUCAAAAUUGUAAUUCUCAAUACCAUGGCCCAAGAUGUGAAGAACGUAAGAUUAUGUUAAAAUUUUGAACGAAAGAGGAAAACUGUAGACUCUACAGUGUAGAGGGAAGAAAUGCGUUCGUAGUAGAGAGAUGGCUGUAUUAGAGAAAUGUCUCUAUUAGAGAGAUGACUGUACUAGAAAGGUGUCUGUCCUAGAAAGGUAUCUGUAUUAGACAGACUUCUGUAUUAGAGAAACUUCUGUAUUAGAGUGAAAUCUGUAUUAGAGGAUCGAGUAUCUGUAUUAGAGAGAUGCUCAUAUUAGAGAGGUGCCCGAAUUGGAGAGAUGUCCGUAUCAGAGUGGUGUCAUACUUGACUGAAAAGAGUGUGCUGUCCGCCAUCUUGGUAAUAUUACUCAAGAUAUUCAUGUUAUGUCACAAGUGGAGCCACGCAAACAACAAUUGAUCACUCAGAUGGCGGGCAACUCAUUUUUGUCCGUCCAAAUAUUCCAAUAGUUAAGAUUGAAAUAAAAAAGUUUGUAACAAGAUUAUACAUAAUUUAGACAUUCUUUCAAACGAGACAAACUAAACUUUUAGUUCUUUCUCUUCAAGGUGUGGACCCCUGUUUCUCAAACCCUUGCCUAUUCGGAGG